AUGACCAUAGAUCGCAAGGCUUGUCGACCAGUUGUCAGGAUUAGAGACGUAGGUAUCGGCCCUGAAGAAGAGGAAAAUGCUUCUGGAGGCUGGGCGAAAUAUCAAGAGGAUUAUCUGUUCAACGUGUCAGACACCGAGCAGCAAUUUCUUGCUAUGGUCAACGAGAUGGCAAGUGACCUUGGUGUGUCCAGGCUGAGGAUACAGAGUUUCCAAAAAUCACUUCUUGCGCUGCGGAAGCUCUUUAUCGAAACACAAGCAAUCAGCCUCGAGGUUGAUCUCUUACACCAUGACGACGGGCAAUCUGGAAAAAUCAUUUGCGCGAACUCGCGCUUCAUGUUUGAUGACGACGCGCCGAAAAAAGCACGAAAAAUCUAUACUCCGUUGUGGGAGCCGCUUCUCGAGGACGCAAGUGAACUUUAUGCAAAAACCUUUGGUCUUGUUUAUGUUAGGAUGGACGGUGAUAUCGGGACCGUGGUUAACGGUGCAGGACUGGCCAUGGCGACCAACGAUGCCAUCAGCUUUCAUAAUGGAAAGAGUGCUAACUUCCUCGAUGCUGGAGGCCAGGCGACAAAAGACACCAUGAUAAAGGCCUUCAAAGUUGUUAUGGACGACAGGAGAGUGAAAACAAUCCUUGUAAACAUUUAUGGAGGUAUCACUAAAUGCGAUAUGAUUGCCGAGUCUAUCAUUGCGGCAGUAAAUCAAUUCAAUCAACAUCGAAAGAUGCCUAUAGUGGUCAGACUACAAGGGACGAACGCUGAAGAAGGGUUGAAGCUACUCGAGGAUGCCAAUCUUGGUAUUCAUGUCGAAGGAGAUUUCGAUAAAGCGGCGAAGAAGGCCGUCGAGCUUGCUGAUAGUAACCCAAUACCACCAAACGCGGAUAUCCCGAACGCCAUUACUAGAGUAACCUUGAAGCAGGAAGGAAAGAUUCAUAGGAUAGAGAUGAGGAAGAAAAAGAAGAGAGAGAUGAAGAAGGCUGAAAAAGCUAGGAUGAAGCAGUUGCAGAUGAUCAAGUCUGGUGGGGAUAAGUAG